CACCGCCGGGCUCAGACCCCCCCACCCUCAUCACUCUGCUGCCCCCCAGGCCCGCACUGCUGGCGCUGCUGCUCCCCCUGGCCGUGGCACAGCUGCACCCCGAGCCGGAGCUGGACGCCCAAUGGGACUUAUGGAAGAGAAAGCACAGCAAGCAGUACAAUGGCAAGGAGGAUGAAAUAUCCCGGCGAUUGAUUUGGGAGAAAAACCUGCGCUACAUCAACGCCCACAACGCAGAGCACGCGCUGGGAAGGCAUUCCUUCCAGCUGGCCAUGAACCACCUGGGGGAUUUGACCAGUGAGGAGGUGGUGAGGACGAUGACGGGGCUCAGGGUCCCCCACAGCCGCCCGCGCCCCAAUGGCACCCUGUACGUCCCCGACUGGAGCAGCAGAGCCCCGCCGGCCGUGGAUUGGAGGCGGAAGGGCUACGUGACCCCCGUUAAGAACCAGGGGCAGUGCGGUUCGUGUUGGGCUUUCAGCUCGGUGGGAGCUCUGGAAGGGCAGCUGAAGCGUCGGACGGGGAAACUGCUUUCGCUCAGCCCCCAGAACCUGGUGGACUGCGUCUCCAACAACAACGGCUGCGGCGGGGGCUACAUGACCAACGCCUUCGAGUACGUCCGGCAGAACCGCGGCAUCGACUCGGAGGACGCGUACCCCUACAUCGGGCAGGAUGAGAGCUGCAUGUACAGCCCCACCGGGAAGGCGGCCAAAUGUCGCGGCUAUCGGGAGAUCCCCGAGGGCAACGAGAAAGCUCUGAAGCGUGCUGUGGCCAGGAUCGGGCCCGUGUCGGUGGGCAUCGAUGCCAGUCUGCCCUCCUUCCAGUUCUACAGCCGUGGGGUGUACUACGACACGAGCUGCAACGCAGAGAACAUCAACCACGCGGUGCUGGCGGUGGGGUACGGCGCGCAGAAGGGCACCAAGCACUGGAUCCUCAAGAACAGCUGGGGCACAGAAUGGGGCAAUAAGGGCUACGUGCUGCUGGCCCGCAAUAUGAACAACGCCUGCGGCAUCGCCAACCUCGCCAGCUUCCCCAAAAUGUGAGCGGCGCCAGCGUCCGUCUGCAGGAGUGGGGCUGGGGGGCUGGAACCCCCCCCCCCCCAGUGCAUCUCAUCUCUGCGUCCCUUGGGGGAUGCGGAGGGCGAUGGGGUUUUUUUUUUAAAAUAAUAGUGGUUGGGGAGAAAGC